GAGAGAUUGAUACCAGCAAUCUCAAAGCAGCAUGAGGAGGCGGUGCGGCGAGCACCGCCUCCUGGGCCCCCGGCAUCCGGGAGUCCAUCGCCCGGCGGCAGCUUCCGCCCCCGUGCCCGCCGCUUGGAGGAUGCGCCGCAGGAGGCUGCAGAAUUGGCUGUGGGAGAUUUGGUAUGUGUACAGGGUCUAGCAUCUGCGGCGCAGUACAAUGGCGAGAAUGGCACCGUACGAAACAUUCGGCCUGACGGCCGCAUCGAGAUCGAGCUUGUCCUUGACCAUGCUGAUGCCUCCACUGGAAGCAGUCCCCAAGCAGGGGGUGGUGGAGGAGGAGGAGCUGUGCACAGCAAGGUCCUUGCUGUCCGGCCCGAGAAUCUGCAGCGCCUGGCGACUGCUCCGCUGCCUACACAGUGCUCCGGACUCCUCGGGCAAGGUGCCGAGGCGCUAACGCUGGAGGACUUCGACCCCAGCCGAGCUCGACCUCAUGAGGACUCCGACGAGUCAGCAGCAGUUUGA